UGAGUACCCAAUCGACCAAAUCAUUCGCCGCAAUCAGUUUACACAAGUAUCUGUAAUAUGAUUUCGUUAUAAUCAACAAGAAUUUCUCAUUGAGAAAUUGCUAUAUAAAGAAUGGAUUUGUUCUUAGCUGAUAUCAGUUUCGAUUCAUUCAAAGUAGUUGAAAUCCACAUUUCGAAAAUGAGAACGAUCAUCUUGUUGGUAGUGGUUGUCAUUGGUGCAGUUGUAGGAGGACAUGGGGAUGGGGGUGAAAACGAUAAUGUGCACUACAAAUUCGAAUAUGGCGUCCACGAUCCUCACACACACGACCAGAAAUCUCAUUACGAACACAGAGAUGGACACCAUGUCGUUGGGGCUUACACCUUGAAGGAAGCUGACGGUACUUUCCGUAUUGUGAAGUACAAAUCAGGUCCUCACACUGGUUUCGAGGCUGUUGUGGAACGACUUGGUCAUGCUCAGCAUCCAGCUCAUUACGGACAUGGACAUGGUGGGCAUGGUGAAGACAGUGGGCAUGGUGGUAAUGGUGGACACGGAGGAUCAGGAGGUUCUAGCUACGUCGGAAAAACUCAUUGGGGUAAUCAAGGACAUGGACAUUAACUUUACAACAUAAUUUGUAUUUAAUUUUUGUUACCGUUUUGUUGACUUUGUAAAUAAAUGUCAGUGAGUCAAAA